AUCAAUGUAAAAAGAAUUUUAACACAGAGAUAAACUGGAUUAUGAUAAUAAUAGCUUCACAUAGUAGCGCACUGACUGGAACAUUGCCCUGCAUUGCAAUAUAAUGUAGUGCUUGCAUUUUGUUGAUGUGCUAUUCUGGUCAGAAUUACAAUCUUGUUUCGGAAAUACAACGAAGUUUUUUAUGCAGCAAUUUGAAUCGUACAAUUUCAGAAGAGAUAAAUCAUACUAGUAGUAGAUACCUCGUUUUAUCUCAAAUAAACUAUUAUGCAUGUUAUAAGCUGUGGACAGUAAUCUCCGAAGGGGUACUCAGAGGUGACUCGCAAGCGACCCACCCGUUUUUUCGGUGUACAUUUGUAUACUCAAAUGAUAGGUCGCGAGCAGUAUCGCAGUUUUAGAAUGUGUACAAUGUACUUAGAGUACACAUCUCUAGGAUCUACAUGUGCACUGCAUUGUGCAGGUGUCCUCACGAUGUUUUCCUUCACCGUAGUACCACUUUUUAUCAGUGAACUUAAAUUCAUUAAUUGAAAAGAUUGAAUUUGGUUCGGGCGUGUGCCCGGAUUCGAACCACAACCUCUAGAAUGAGAGGCAUAGAGCUAAUCCGUUAUGCUACCAUAGGUCAAAUACACUGUACUGGCACAUAAUCAGAAAUAGGUAAGUACAUCAUUUUUAUUACAAACAUGAUUAUUUUAUAAAAUUAAUUAUAUCCAAUCACAAGCAAAUCCAAAUGAACUACUAGUGUUGACUAAAUAUCGUAUUACAAUUUAAAAGAAACUUAAUCAGAGUCAUCAUUUCAUUUCCCAUAAUUUUGGUAAAAUGCUAACUUGCAGUAUACAUGAUCAACUUUUCUUUGUGUGAGUGAAAAUAAUCAUAUCGAUCGAUUGAUUUAAAUUUGACGGAAAUCAAAAGAAAAAUUAUAUUUCAUCAGCGAAGUGCACAGUGAUCGGUGCUCGACGUCUUCCCUCUCCAUUACCUACCAGUUACGAGAAAAAAUGUCUGACGGUGAGGGAUUUUAUUCUUCCGAGGAAGAACUGCCACGGCGUCGUCCCGUGAAGCCUGCAGCGCUGAGCGCCGCGCCGAGCACGUCUACUGCUCCCGCCCCAACUCCAUCCGGCUCAAGGAAGCGGAAGACUAAAGCUUCCGAAUCCGCUUCCGAAAGUAGAGCAGCAAUCAAUAAGGGCAAACAAAAAAUUGACCUGGCGACAUACAAUCGUCGCAAAGCAACUGUGGCGGCGCUGUUCGGUGGGUCGGAUGACGAGGCGGAGGCUGCAGCGGCACUGAACAACCCGAUUCAAGAGCUGGAGAGCAGCUUAACCCGAAAAGUUGGGGAUGGGUCGUUGCGGCGAACCGCAAAAUUAGACGGAAGCCUGUUCUGCGAACUUCGUGUUUACGAAGUUCGCGAUAUUAAAAACAUAUCCCCACGGGACCGGUGGACCAAAGCGUACACCAGUCUUAAGUAUCAAUUCGAUUAUGAUAGUCCGGAAUGGACUAACAUAAUUGAUUUUAUUCGGGUUGCGAAGACCCGAUUUACACAGGAGCCAAUAUACUAUCCGAAUAAGAAGUAAAUCUUAGUUGGAUAGUAUAUGUUUCAGAAAAUCGAAUUAAAGUUAAUCGUCUUUAAAAAUAAAAACUACAAAAUAUGUUUAAAUUAUUAAAUAUUGUUCGUUGCUAAUUUAUUUAAUUUAAAUAUUAAUUAAAUUUUACCUUACAUAUUUUACAGAUACCUAAUAUUUUUUAUCGAUGAUUAACUUUAUUUAGGCUUUCUGAAACCGGCACCUAACUAGGUUAUAGCGGUAUACCAAAUACCUUAUUUUUAACUACUUUAUCUUACUGAAAAUAUAUAAUAAAAUAUAAUAUAACUUAA